UUUAUCCCGAUAUUCCCGGUGAAUUAUCCCCCAAGAGCCGCACAGGAUGAGCGCACAUAUUCCGACCAAUAAAACACACACAUGUAUAUAUUCCGCUAAAUAAUGUGAUAACGCCGGUACGCGCGACGUACUCGAUUGUUAUUGUUUAUCAAGACGUUCGUGUGUGUUGUAUUCUCGCGCAAACGCAACCUUCAUGUGCAGCAACCUGCAAGGUGCAACGCGCAGCGACCAAAUUUUUCAUUGAAAUUCGUUGCACAUUUCAAUUGACAACGGAAUCGCUUGGUAUCUACUGUGGUUAUCCACGUUGAACGUUUGGUAAACACUUAGUGAGAUUGGAUUCUAUAAUCUAAAGUCGGUGAUUAACGAAGAUUCAAAUAAACGCGUGCGCAGAGAGUGGCAAAGAGAGGAGCAAUUUUGACAACUCCAGGACAAGUUCGAUGCUGUCGCGCGGAAUCCAACGAUCUCUGAUUCGCGCUCCAAGGAUUUCAGCUGAUGGCAUAUCUCUCUCUGCAAAACGUAUACCUACGUCGGAGUGCGCCACGAUGACUCCUACUAAAAAAGUUUUGAAGGAAUCAUUUGGAGAUCAAAUGAUAGAAAUUACAUUGAUAAGAAAUAAAGGUCAGAAACGUACUUCGCCUGCAGCGAGUCUUAGCCCUAAACAGAAAACUGAGAAGAAAAGAUCUACAACUAAUAACAGUGAAACUCCGCAAAACUGGGGUAAUGUCUUUAGACAGCAGAAUUUAUUAUGUAUGACAAAAGAUCAGUCUCCUAAACGCAAUGAACAUAGAGAAGCUAAAAAGGAUACAAAUGCUAAGAGACAACAGAAAAGUAUUCCAAUCAAACAUCGUAAGUCAGAGCAUUCAACAACGCCGUGCUGCAGUUCAGGAUCAAUCCUUGUUCAGGAUCGUGCUGUACAAUCCGAAACAUAUCUCAAUGAACUUGAUGAAUUUAAUCUAAUACGUAUGUUACACUUAAUAAAACAGUUAAAAGAUUUGGUUAAUAAGAAGGAUAAAAGAAUCUGCGAAAUCUUUACUGAAAUGGAACAAAUAUUGCCAAAGAUACCGGAUCUAGAAACCAGAGUAGAAUCCAGUACAGUUCCAUUAAAAGAAUCUAAUAAAAAGAAGGUUACAACAUAUGAAUCGCUCGUAUUAGAACAAGAAAAAUUGAAAAGUGAAAUUCUAAAGCAAGAGGAACGAUUACAGGAAGUUAAUCGAAAAAACGCAAAGUUGACGUUUCAUGUAAAUAUGUUUACCCAACAAUUGGAUGAAAAAAACGAGACAAUAUCAAGGCUAAAGCAACAAAUUUUAAAUAAUGAAAAACUAAUUACAGAUUUAAGGACAGAUUUAAAUAAGCGAACAGAAUUUGCAGAAAAAAAUGACAUUGAUAACAAAUGUUUAACAAUGGAAAUAGAUAAACUUUCAGCGUUAUCUUCUUAUAAAGAUACACAAAUUAUUGAUUAUCGAAAUACAAUACAAGAAUUACAAAAUCAGAUUGCAGAACAAAUAAAAAUCAUAAAUGAAAUAUAUGCGAAAGUAGAAAAUGCAAGUCCUCAAAUAUCGUUCAUCAAAACAGGGCACGCAUGUUCGUCUCCUACCUCAAGCUUUUCUGAUGACUCUAAUAAAUCCUGGCAUGAUUUAGAACUAUCAGCAGACAUUUCUUCAGUAAAUUCCUUUCCUCAAGAACAUGCUCUAAGAGAAGAUGCACCCGUUAGAGAUUUUGAACUCGUUAGCUUACCUGAUGGAGAAUCGUCACAUACUCUAUUGCCGGAUCAAAAUGAAGUUACGAACGAUAAAGGAACAGUGAUGAAAAAUAAUAAUGGAAAUAAUACUGUUCUUUACCAAAGUAUGAACACAAACGAUGUGACCGUGAAAAAAUCCCUGCAUCAUUCCUCAAAAAAGGGUCACAAUAAAGAAAAUAACAUAUACAAGAUGAGAAAUUUUACAGGACUUAAGGAAAACCAAAAUGAUAAUACCAAAAACUUGUUUCUUAGUGCAUCACAGAUUCUUGAAAGCAUUACAUCUGCCAAAUCAACAGUUUCUGACAUAAGAAAGCAAGGCGAUAUGCAAAAUAGGAAACCUGUUAAUGUACCUAGUCCAUUACGAGAUUGUCCAGGUCCUGAUUGGAGCGACAGUAGUUUACCUAGCAUUAGUACGACCUCCAACUUGGACAUCGUACCCUCGAACGAUGUUUAAGAAAUUAUAUGCUUAAAUGACGGCUGAAUUUUCAAAUCGCAUUCCCUAUAGGAAUUAUUGGUAUAAUUCCCACACACAAUUGACUGAGUAUACAUUUUUAUCUUGUUACAAAACUGUGAUAAACUCUCAUAAUGCACAUUUUAAUUGAAUAGUAAAACCUACGAAAGCUAGCGCGGUACACAUAAAAUUAUUACUUGAAAAUCACGAUAUUUUAAAGAUGUUGACAUGUUAAAAAUGUAAUUUACACAUACAUUCCUAUUAAAAUAAAAGUGUAAUAUAUAUUUUACACAAAUAUUGUAAGUUUUAUUUUAUAUUGUUUAACACGCUAAGACAUAAAUUCAGUAAGAUUGUGAAACCCAAAUUUUAAAAAUAGACAGUCAAAAAUAUUUUUUUCUGUAAAUAUAUAAAACUUUUAUUUGCAAAUUUGCUUGUAGUUUUCACGGCAUGAAGAUUUUGACAUAUAACCUGUAUUAUUAUGAAUUAACUAUGCAUAUAAUUGUUUCAACAUAUACAUUUGCUUUACGGAGAACAGGUCACGAAUAUAAAUUUUACGCACACAAGAGAACAAGAUGUGUAUAUAUAUAGAUAUAUAUAUAUUUUUUUAUCACAUAUGUAUAUAUACAAGUAAAGUAUAAUACUUAUAAUAUUUUGUAAGUCUUAAUAGGAUUAAAAGGGAACAUUUUAAUACACGU